AUUGAUUUUCGCAUACGCCACCGCCACUAUCUGAGCUUCUAUUUGUUUGUUAACCCCUCACUGCGAUCUUCAUUCAGUCUUUCACUUCUUCCGCCAUUUUCCGAAACCCGAACUUGGCCUUCACAUUCUCUCUCCGCCGCGGUCUCAGUAAAUUCUCUCUCUAACAAAUUAGUAAUGGAUGCAGAAGAAAAGUUAUCUUGUUACAAAGUUGGGUCAUUGCCAACUGUAUUUUAUGUUCCUGACUUCAUCACUGAUUCUGAAGAAACCUUUCUUCUCCACAAUAUUUAUGGAGUCAAUGCAUCAAAGUGGAAGCCAAUGAAAAAUAGAAGGCUGCAGAAUUGGGGUGGUGUCGUCCAUGAGAAGGGCCUUCUACCUCAACCUUUGCCUCCAUGGUUAACAAAUUUGACAAAAAGAAUGUAUGAAGAAUUAGGGCUAUUCCCAUCACCUCUCAAUCAUGUUCUUAUAAAUGAAUACCUACCUAACCAAGGCAUAAUGCCACACCAGGAUGGGCCUGCUUAUUUUCCAGUUGUUGCUAUUCUUUCACUUGGAUCUCCUGCUGUGAUGGACUUCACUCCCCAUGCUAGACUGAAACUGGAUUCCCAAGAUAAUACCGACAAAGAUUCAGAAGGAGGAACAUUAGAGAUAGGGGAAGAAAAGUGGCUUGAUGAUCACCACCCAUUCUCUGUUUUAUUGAUGCCUCGCAGUUUACUGAUAUUCAAAGAUCAGGCAUACUCAGAUUAUUUGCAUGGUAUACAAGAUUCUGCAGUACAUUGCUAUGAUGGGGUCAUAAAUGAAACUGAAGCUUUGAAAUACAAGGAAUCAGAUGGACACCAUUGUAGCUCAGAGGAGGCAUUGGAAACAAUUGGAAAGGAAGAGUGUAAGAAUAUACCAAGAACAUCCAAUAGAGUUUCGUUGACCUGUAGGAUGGUUCCAAAAGUUCAUAAAAAUUUGUUUAGGUUUUGAAAUUAUACGAAAGUUCAACUCUCAUCUCCUUUUUCUUGGUACAUUAGAGGAUCCAAAUUCCCUGAGUCCGCAGUAAGUACGGCCUUCUAUAUUGAUUUCUGUAAAGUGCAUGCACUCAGAGUAAUUUGGAAUCUGAUAUGUUAUCUAUUAAUUAAAGAAUAGUUUGAUUAUUAUA